ACCCUCCUCCAUAGCUCAUCUCCCGCAGAAGCAGCUGGAGAAAUCCCCAUUCUUCAUCUAAAUCAAUUCUGAGAUCAUACGCACACAAUCAAAGAAACGAAUCGGAGGUGAAUUUUAGCUGAAAAUGGGAACCCUAGGAAAAGCGGUUUACACCUUGGGAAAUUGGAUUCGAGGAACGGGCAAAGCCAUGGAUAAAGUGGGCUCCCUCCUCCAAGGGAGUUCCUAUAUCGAGGAGCAUCUUUCUAGGCAUCGGACCCUAAUGGAGAUCUUUGAUAAGUCACCCGUGGUUGAUAAGGACGCAUUUAUUGCUCCAGGCGCCUCCGUUAUUGGUGAUGUUCAGGUUGGACAAGGAGCAUCCAUUUGGUACGGGUCUGUCCUUCGAGGUGAUGUGAACAGCAUCAGUAUUGGGUACGGAACGAACAUACAGGACAAUUCCCUGGUGCAUGUGGCGAAAUCGAAUCUAAGCGGGAAUGUACUGCCGACUAUAAUUGGAAACAAUGUCACCGUUGGUCACAGUGCAGUUAUACAUGGCUGCACAAUCGAGGACGAGGCCUUUGUUGGAAUGGGAGCUACCCUUCUUGAUGGCGUUGUUGUCGAGAAACAUGCCAUGGUUGCUGCUGGAUCCCUUGUCAGACAGAAUACGAGAAUCCCUUCUGGAGAGGUGUGGGCAGGUAAUCCAGCCAAGUUCUUGAGGAAGCUAACCGAUGAAGAAAUCGCAUUCAUUUCUCAAUCAGCCACUAAUUACAUCAACCUCGCUAAAGUCCACGCAGCUGAAAAUACCAAAUCGUUUGAUGAAAUCCAGCUGGAAAAGAUGCUGCGCAAGAAAUUCGCUCGAAGAGAUGAGGACUAUGAAUCCAUGAUCGGUAUUGUUCGCGAAAUCCCACCAGAACUCAUUCUCCCCGAUAACAUUCUACCCGAGAAAUCCCAGAAAGCUGUUCAAUGAGAGAUUCCUUCAGGGGCAGUUUCGUCUUUCUACAUCCAUUGCUCGAAAUAUCAACCCUGGGUGCAUAAUUUCUAAAUAAACGGUUCCGUCUUUCUUCUUACGAAUAAAAUUCGAAAAAGACAAUCUUUUUUUUUUAAAAUCUUUUUUCUGGGGUGGAUUUAUUCGGCUGUAGUACUCUUUCAGACAUUUUGGUUUUUCUGGCUAGGUUUGAAAAUCCUGGUUUUAAUUAUGGUACUGUAAUGUAAAAGCGAUACGCAUUGCUUUCGUUGUAUUAUCGAUAUGAUAUACGAUAUUUACCUAUUUACGAUGAUUUUGGUGAAUCUUGAAUAUUUGAUGGAUUUGUCAUUUG